AUUCUUCGGUCUUCACCGAAACAUUUGGCGGAGAGAUCGCCAGGGGUCAGUGUCAUAACCAUGGCAUCGUUCACCGGAUCUUUCGGUGACGAGUCACAACUCAGCGGUUCGACUCGGCCCUUCGAUGACGACGGCUUCAUUGGCUACGAUCCUCGCCUUUCUUCUCAGAGAUUCGACCCAUCGUUCUCCAACUUCGACGCCGACUCCGUCAAGGAAUCGGCCGGUGACUCGUCGCCAAUAUUCACUAGCCAGUCGUACGGCGUCGGAGACGAAAUGUUUUCUUCGAAUCCCGUUCCGGAUACUCCAUCGCCGCCGUCAAUCUACUCUGCUGGUGGCGGAUUCGCAACUUUCUCACCGGAGCAAAACAGUAAGACUUUUCAUGGAGGUCUAGGUGGACUGGACGAUUCGAUCUUGCCACCACCGGUCGAGAUGCCUCCAGAGGAGGGCUUUGCUCUCAGAGAGUGGCGUAGACAAAAUGCGAUAAGACUUGAGGAGAAGGAGAAGAAGGAGAAAGAGAUGCUACAAGAAAUUAUUGAGGAAGCAGAGCAGUACAAAGUUGAGUUCUAUAAGAAGCGUGCCCUUGCUAUUGAGAAAAACAAAGCUUCUAACAGGGAGAAGGAGAAGAUGUUUUUGGCAAAUCGGGAGAAGUUUCACGCUGACGCUUUAAGUACUUGCUGGAAGGCAAUUGCAGAACUCAUUCCCUAUGAGGUGCCAGCCAUAGAGAGAAGGGGAAAGAAAGAUCAGGAGAAGAAGCCGCCUUCCAUUGUUGUGAUUCAGGGACCUAAGCCUGGAAAGCCAACUGACCUUUCAAGGAUGCGUCAAAUACUUAUAAAGCUCAAGCAUAAUCCUCCUGCUCACAUGAAGCCCAAACCACCACCACCACCAUCAGAACCUAAAAAAGAUGCUAAAACAGGUACUCCUCCUGCUGCUUCCUCUAAGCCUGCAGCUGCAGCCACCGUUACUCCUCCUGAUGCUGUAGCAGCAGCUUGACAGAUACCAUAUAGCCUGCCGAAUCUUAUGUAAAGUAAUUAUCUAUGGUCCAGAGAUGUUUAUUUGGUAUGAUAUUGAACUUUAUUGAUGUCUGGAAGUCAAGUCUUUGUGAUGUGCUAGUUGAGGUUUGUGGCAUUUUUCUUGUAGAAAGAUUUGUUAUCCUGUAUCAAUUUUGCUGAAGUUUGGGUGUGACUUUGUGCAGUGAACUUGUUUUUCGUCUUA